CUAACAUCUCCCACCAUCCCUGGAUUCCUUUCUAUAUGGAUCUUCGUUGGAUAUGCAGUCGUCAUUAUAACAAGUUGUCUCACUGUCGCAGUGCUACUUCCAACACCUAUUUUAAUUGCUAUUAAGGUUUUCAAAGAACGAGUGUUUGGCACCCCACCAUUGAAAGAGUUUACGCGCACAGAAUUUCCUCGCUGCGCAGACUUGUCGGAUUCCAACAUCGAUGACAUAUUCGGUGACUACGAGCCUGAUGUUGCGCUUUACUAA